GGGGGCGCUGCUGCUGGUGCUGGGGCCCGAGGAGGGACGCGCCGGAGCGGGGCCGCCGGGGCUGAGCGAGCAACAGACGCGCCUCCCGCCGACGCCGCAGCCGCUUGGGGCCCACACGGACCCCCUGCCUGAGUGUAGAAUGAGCCAAGGAGACUCAAAUCCAGCAGCUAUUCCACAUGCAGCAGAAGAUAUUCAAGGAGAUGACAGGUGGAUGUCUCAGCACAACAGAUUUGUCCUGGACUGUAAAGACAAAGAGCCUGAUGUACUAUUUGUGGGGGACUCAAUGGUGCAGUUAAUGCAACAAUAUGAGAUUUGGCGAGAGCUCUUUUCUCCACUUCAUGCUCUGAAUUUUGGAAUUGGGGGAGAUACAACAAGACAUGUUUUGUGGAGACUAAAGAAUGGAGAACUGGAAAAUAUUAAACCUAAGGUUAUUGUUGUCUGGGUAGGAACGAACAACCAUGAAAAUACGGCAGAGGAAGUUGCAGGUGGAAUUGAGGCCAUUGUACAACUUAUCAACACAAGGCAGCCACAGGCCAAAAUCAUUGUAUUGGUAUGUAGUCCUUGGGUGCAUGGAGACUUUGAUGUCAUUAGGUCAGGUGAGGACUCUAUUUAGAAACAUGAUUGUUUAAGAAUAUGGAGAAUUUUUAGGUGGGAGU